UAUCAAAGACGCUGUACCAAAGUUGGUGGUUUUAUGUUAUUGUUUCCGGUUCGCGAUGGCGGGCGUGUUGUUUGAAGAUAUAUUUAAUGUGAAAGACAUUGAUCCUGAAGGAAAGAAGUUUGACAGAGUGAGCCGCCUGCAUUGCGAGAGUGAGUCCUUCAAGAUGGACCUCAUUCUGGACGUCAACACGUGGCUGUACCCCAUGGAAUUGGGCGACAAGUUCCGGCUGGUGCUGGCUACGACGCUGCAGGAGGACGGCUACCCGGACAGCGGCGACUGGAACCCGCGCGAGACGGAGGGGUCGCGCGCCGACCGCUUCGAGUACAUCAUGUACGGCAAGGUGUACCGCAUCGAGGGCGACGACGCCGCCACCGAGCCGUCCAGCCGCCUGGCAGCGUACGUCUCGUUCGGCGGCCUGCUGAUGCGUCUGCAGGGAGACGCCAACAACCUGCACGGCUUCGAGGUGGACCAGACCAUGUACCUGCUCAUGAAGAAGCUUGCAUUCUAGACUGAAAACUUGUAUUACAAUCUCGUUUAAUAAAUGCCUUACCACUUUCUGUAA